AUGGCUUGCGCUCGGCCGCAAGAUGAUGAGCCGAGGGCGGCACCAAACAGGGGAUUACUGAAGAGAGGUCUAGCUGGAAAAGCUAAAACAACCACCACAACACCGGCUCCAGUUGAGGAGGAGGGAGACUAUGAAGAAGAAGGAGAUUAUCCAGCAGAAGCUGAAGCACAGGAACCUUCAACCGAGCCUCCAGUGUCAUCAACAGAAGGAAAGAAGCUAGUCUCAGGAGCAGUUCGGCCAUUUAGGAGUAAUGCUGACUUGCUGGAAGCGUUGAAGAGACGGCGAGCUCAGGCUGCUGAAGCUAAACAACAAGGCAACUCUGCUCCAGUAGCUGCCCAACAAACCGAAAGUCAGCCCGAACAGCCAGCAAAAUCAAGUUACAGUAAAAAACGGUUUAACACAGCCACAAGGGAGACCAAGAAUGAAGAUGCUCCAGCUCCAUCGAAACCAAGCCGAGGAAGAUUUGGAAGACCCUCAUCGAGAUCAUAUCAGGAAGCCGAAGGUGAAGAGCAGAAUGAUGCCGCUCCACCAGCGAGGUCUGGCAGAACAUUUUCAAGAAGAGGAGGUCAAUAA